UUAAACAGGGCAGAGAUUAUGCCCCGCCCCGCCCCGCCUCGAUCCACUAACAUCCCGCCGAAACUUUGAAUGUCCAACUAAAACCCUAGAAAUUGUCGAUCACUGUCUUUCCAUCACUGCCAAUGGAACCCGACGUCAUCAUGCUUCCCGCCGGAGAAGGAUCAAGCGUCGCCGGGCCAUCUUCUUCUUCCUCUACCAAGAAACCUAAGCGUUUCGAAAUUAAGAAGUGGAAUGCCGUCGCUCUUUGGGCUUGGGAUAUCGUUGUGGACAACUGUGCCAUUUGCAGGAAUCAUAUCAUGGAUCUCUGCAUUGAGUGCCAAGCUAAUCAAGCUAGUGCGACCAGCGAGGAGUGCACCGUGGCUUGGGACAGUGAUGAGUCGUUAGCGAUGUUUAUCCCUUGCUUAGGGAUUAGGGUGAAUCUUGAUGAUCCAGUGGUGGAAUGGAGGUAG